AUGCCUGAGAAGAACAAGCUGCCAGAGUUAGCCACCGAUACUCUUCAUAGCGAAGUGGUUCUCGCCGUUGAAUCUCUUCAAUCAGCAGUUCAUGGAGCUUCAGCAGCGGAAAGAGCCGAGUCGAAACCGGUGGAACACUGGGCCGAUAACAGCGUCGCAGAAAAUCUACAGGGAUCGGCAGAUCAAGAUGAAUUGCUACCAGAAGGUGCAUCGGGCAGCAUGGCCGUAGGUCUCUCGUGCCGGAACCACUACCUAUGCCACCCAUUUUUUGCUGGUAGCGCCGGGGUCAGGGGAACGACUUCUUUGCACACGGGAAUUAGCAGUGCGCCUGGAUUCAGCUUUGAAAGGAAAGAAAUUGCCGAAGACGAAACGCAAACGGAAGAAACGAAACGAGAAAAUAUUUCGAAAAUGCUGAAAAAUUAUGUCAUUGGUUAUUUGAAAAAGCUGAAGGGUGGCGGAGCACGACCGAAUUCCCAAGGCGUAGUCGAAACGCUUGUUUCCUUCAUCUACAGCUUUAUUGGCAUGUCCGUGCUGUUGCUGGUGGAUCACGCGUUGAGCGACACGCCUCUGCUUCUGCAGAUUGGAUCGUUCGGCGCUUCCGUCGUUUUGCUAUUUGCCUGUCCAUCGGCCCCGUUGUCACAGCCGAAGAACGCCCUGUUUGGUAGUGUGAUGAGCGCAACGAUUGGUGUGAUCGUCAGCUGGCUGUUUGACGGUUGUUUUCAGUGGCUAGCUGGAAGUAUCGCUGUUUCGGUUUCGGUCGCUGCCAUGGCUUACACGAACACGUUGCAUCCACCUGCUGGUGCCGUGGCGCUCAUCGCCGUUUACGGUGAACAGAAAAUACAAGAACUAAAAUUCAUCUAUAUCUUCAUUCCCGUCAUUGCCGGCACUGCGGUGCUUGUGCUCAUUGCAAUAGUGGUCAAUAAUUUCAUGCCAACGCGCAAAUACCCGUUGUUUUGGUGGUAG